CUGCUACCAAAGGGAAAAUACAGCAAAAAGAUACCAGAUCCCUGACAUCACUCCCCCUCAACGGGUGCCACCUGGUAGCCCAGAAGAACAGAUGGACUCAAAGUCUGGAAUAAGAGAGUGGUGAAGGAUGAAACAGCGAGGGACCCAAGAUCAGACCUUAGUACUGUAGCCUUCCCAAUUGACGAGGUAUUGUCAGCCAUGACGUUGCCGAUGGUAGUCCAUGAUCCAUGGGUCUGAGAAGGCAGGAUGUCCAUCAAUGUCCUGGGCAGGUGGAGGGGUCUUGGAAGAUUGACACAAGGUGAGCACCCUCAGACUGUCAUCAGAUCCCUGCAGCAGACCUCAGAGGAACUCCAACUGACAUACAUCACAGUUUUACAUCCCAGCUAUGAAGCUGCUGUCAACCUUUCUCCUCCUUCUGGUUCCUCUGUGGACCAGCUGUACCUUUUUGGACUGCAAUGACAUUUAUCGUCAGAAUCCCAUCCGACCCAGUGGAGUUUACACCAUCUAUCCCAUCGGAUCAACAUCUGGUGUCCAGGUUUAUUGUGACAUGGACUCACAUGGAGGAAGAUGGACUGUGUUCCAGAGAAGGAUGGACGGCUCGGUGAACUUCUACAGGCCAUGGGAUCAAUACAAAAUGGGUUUUGGGAACGCUGCUGGGGAGUACUGGCUUGGUCUGGAGAGCAUCCACCACCUCGUUAGGCAGAAAACGUAUGAGUUGGUGGUGGACAUGGAGGACUUUGAAGGAAACAAGGUGUACGCUCGUUACUCCUCAUUCAGUGUGGCCUCUGAGUUUGAUGGAUACUUUCUGCAGUUGGGUGAAUACAUUGAUGGAGGAGCAGGAGACACCUUGACGCGUCACAAUGGACAAAAGUUUGCUACCUUUGACCAUUACCUGCAUGCUGGGACGGAAAACUGUCCAAAAUUGUUUCUGGGAGCUUUUUGGUACUUCAGAUGCUACUACGGAAACCCCAACGGAGUCUACGUCUGGGGCGCUGAUGGGUCUAAAUAUGAGGUUGGAGUGAUCUGGUACAACUGGAAAGGCAGUUUCUAUUCACUGAAGACCAUCAGCAUGAAAAUCCGCCCUGUUCAGUAAAUCAGCAGCACAAAUGUUCAGCAGGUGGACGCAUGUUUUUUUUUUUAUUGCAAAUACGGCCAAAUGAGCUGGUUAACAUUUCAAUUCAUACACUACUAAAAUACCUUUAAUAAAGUUCAGUAAAUGUG